AUGAACAACACGGGUGUCGUAGCAAUGCACAUGGCAGUCACCCACCACAAUAAAGUUGUCAUAUUUGAUCAAACCAAUGCGGGCCCAUCUCAGUACCGUUUACGAAAGUGCAAGGCCCGGGGUGGGUCCCGGGAGUCCUCGUGUUACGCACACUCGGUGGAAUAUAAUAUAGUGAAAAACAAAGUGCGGGCCCUACAUCUUGCAACAGACACGUGGUGCUCAUCAGGUUCGUUUUUGAGUAAUGGAACCCUACUACAAACGGGUGGAAACGGGUCCGGGUCGAAAAAGAUCCGGUAUUAUAAACCAUGUCAAAAUAACGGAUGUGAUUGGAUGGAAUCAAAAAAGGAGAUGUUUGUUAGGCGAUGGUAUGCUUCGAGUUUAUCUCUUCCAAAGGAAAACAGUGUUAUAGUUGUCGGGGGACAAUCGGCGUUUAGUUACGAAUUUGUCCCUAAAACUUCGAAUAAACCAUAUGAUCUCCCGUUUUUGCAUCGUACGUUUGAGCGAAAUUCAAAAGGGAACAAUUUAUACCCGAUUUUACACUUAUCAAACAAUGGACAUUUAUUCAUUUUUGCUAAUCGGGAUUCGAUUCUUUUCGAUUAUAAAAAACGUAAAGUCGUAAAAAACUUCCCAAAAAUCCCGGGAAACGGGGCCCGCAGUUACCCGAGCACAGGCUCUUCCGUAAUUCUUCCUUUAGACUACAACGACAAUUUCGGUAAAGUUGAAGUUAUGGUGUGCGGUGGUGCAGCCCGUGGGUCCUACACUGCAGCUCAACGGCGGCGUUAUCUGACGGGCUUGCGUUCUUGUGGAAGAAUGGUGAUCACCGGAAACCGCCACAAGUGGCGGAUGGAGAACAUGCCCGGCCCACGGAUCAUGAGCGACAUGUUGGUAUUACCGACCGGUGAUAUCUUGAUAAUCAACGGUGCAAAACGAGGGUGCGCUGGAUGGGGUACCGCAUCGGAUCCGGCUCUCGAACCGUAUCUUUAUAAACCGGACAACGGGCCAGGAAAACGGUUUCAAAUUUUAAAGAAAACAAAAAUCGCGAGGUUGUAUCAUUCGUCGGCAGUGUUGUUACCGGACGGGCGGAUCUUGGUGGCUGGUGGGAACCCGAAUAACCGGUACAUCAUGCACGGUGUGACUCACCCGACUGAGCUCAGGCUACAAGCCCUAACCCCGGACUAUAUGGAUCCACAGUUUGAUGAUCUCCGGCCAAAGGACGUAAUGGUCAUUUACCCACGAAAAGCCCACGGUGUGGAAAACGGUCACAUUUUUAAUGUUACUUUUGGCCUCACGAAUGAUUCCGGGAAUUUGAGUGUGGUGGCAUAUGCACCACCGUUUACGACUCACUCGUUAUCGAUGAAUCAGAGAAUGUUGAGACUUGAGUGUUUGGGUUUGGAGAGUGGUGGUGGUCAAGAUAGGGUUCAGGCGAGUGUGGUGGCUCCUCCUUCGAUUUAUGUUGCACCACCGGGUUUUUAUAUGUUGACGGUGGUUAACGGUGGUGUUCCUAGUAGAUCUUCGUGGCUUAGGAUACUUUAG